ACGUCAUACACACGUCAUAUACACGUCAUUCACACACACACGUCAUACACACACACAUACACACACACGUCAUACACACAGCGUGGAGCUGGUCGCUUGCGGUGAAGAGCACGCUGGAUUACUGACUGGUACAUACACACACGUCAUACACACGUCAUACACACGUCAUACAGACACACGUCAUACACACAGCGUGGAGCUGGUCACUUGCGGUGAAGAGCACGCUGGAUUACUGACUGGUACAUACACACACGUCAUACACACGUCAUUCACACACACGUCAUACACACACAUACACACACACGUCAUACACACAGCGUGGAGCUGGUCGCUUGCGGUGAAGAGCACGCUGGAUUACUGACUGACACCGGGAAGCUCUACAUGUUCGGAAGCCAUGAGUGGGGACAGCUUGGCCUGGGGACACGGAGACACGGGGACACGGAGACACCGAGACUCGGGGUGUCCAGGCCCACGUGGGUGCGAGGAGUGCGACAUCACAGACUCACUCAGCUUGCCUGCGGAGACAAACACAGCCUGGUCGCGUCUGUCUGCUCCAGACCGCGGUGUGGUCCUGGUGAGCGGCAGUAAUGGUGAGCGUCAGCUUGGUCUCGGCUCGCUGACGCUCACCAGGACCAGCGUCUUCCUGCCUGUCCCAAACCUCCUCACCACUCCGCUCACCAUCAGCGCCGUCAGCGCCGGCAAUGGAACCUCGGCUAUCCUCAGCGGUGAUGGAGCGGUGUUGGUUUGGGGCACCAAUGGCUGUGGCCAGCUGGGUCUGGGCUCUGCCCCCCACGCCGCCUCGCCCACCGCCCCGGCCCUGGGGGGCCUCGUCAGAGCCCUGUCCUGUGGGCACAGACACAGCGCCUUCGUUAGCGAGGACGGGGCUGUGUGGACCUGCGGAGAUCCGGAGGGUGGUCGCCUUGGACGCAGCUGUGACGAACAAGGUUCCCGUGUGCCAGGCCGUGUGGACGUCCUCUCUGAGCCGUGCCGCUCCGUCUCCUGCGGUGGCUCCCACACAGCUGCACUCACUGAGUCGGGGUCACUGUGGCUGUGGGGUCAAGGGUCACGGGGUCAGCUGGGCCUGGGGGCUGUCGUGACCUCCACGGCCGUGCCGACUCGCGCUGAGAUUCCGUCUGGCGGUGAAGUCCACUCUGUGGGGACUGGAGCAGAGCACACGGCACUCAUCACUGGUGACGAGCGGCUGCUGCUGUUUGGCUCUGGCCGCUGCGGCCGUCCGGGACUCCGAGACUCCUUGAACCACUUCAGGGCUCAGCCACCUCACGGCGCACCCACACACGCACGUACUGUUGUGUGUGGCGGAUGCUACACCCUGGUGUUGGCACGGUGUGGUGGUGGUGGUGGUGGUGGCGGUGGUGGCGGCGGUGACGGUGGUCGAGUGGUGCAGGUGGUUGCUAAUGCGGGAGUGGACGCACGGAGCCGAAGAAGACAGAAGGAGGGGUUCACUCUACAGCCACCACUCAACGUCACACUCACAGCCACACUCUUGAGUCCUCAGCUGAAGAGGUCCAGGAAGGAGGAGGAUCUGGGCCACGGACAAGCAAACACCGCACGGACAAAGCACCAGGGACAAACACUCAGCGGAGUCUUCGACGAUUUCAUUCACUCCAAGCGUCUCGAGCUCACUCACGUUCCUACCCCUGCCCUCCUCUUCCUCUCCCACGGGGACCACCUCUAACUACGAACGUUCGACUUACGAACUUUCAGAGGUACGAACAAAGUGUGUUCCCGUACGUCCAGUUGCAGCUGUUAGGACUGAGAGUCUUAGGUUCUAACCGCCGUGCGAUAGAUGAUGGCGGUGGUGGAAUCUACAUCUGCAGAACGUGCAGAACCAGUGGCAUCUACAUCUGCAGAACGUGAAGA